AUGACUCUGAAUGUGCUGAUGCUUCUUUGUGCCUUGACGGCUCUGAGUCAAGCUGCAGAAGCAAAUAAUCUGUUUAGGAGUUAUUGUCCUGCUGGUUGGAGCCAGUUCAACCGUCGCUGCUUCAUCUUCAUCCCAAGAACCAUGAGUUGGGCGAUGGCCCAGAGAAACUGUGUGUCUUUGCAGGGAACCCUUGCAUCCGUCCACAGCUUUCAGGAGUACCAUUUCAUUCAGAGGGUGAUAACAGCUGCAACUCACAGAUCACCAGAAACAUGGAUUGGAGGCUCUGAUGCUCAGGAGGAGGGCGUUUGGCUGUGGAGCGAUGGGAGACCCUUCUUCUACUCAAACUGGUGCAGUGGAGAGCCAAAUAAUUACAGAGACCAGGAUUGCCUUCAAAUGAACUAUGGAGGAUCCAAGUGCUGGGAUGACGUGUGGUGCAACAAUCAUCGUCCUUCAGUCUGUGCCAAAAACAUCUGA